CCGGUCUUGUAUGCUGUCUAGCAGCACCAGUUCCAGCAAUGCCAGUUCCAGCAGUGCCAGUUCCAGCAGCGCCAGUUCCAGCAGCGCCAGUUCCAGCAGCGCCAGUUCCAGCAGCGCCAGUUCCAGCAGCGCCAGUUCCAGAAGUGCCAGUUCCAGCAACGCCAUUCCCUGCCGCGCCGAUUCCAGCAGCACCAGUUCCAGCAGCAAGUGUGUCAUCGUUGGCGCAUAGUGCCACUCGCAUGGGUCCUA